AUGCUUACAGUAAACAUAUUUACUUAUGAAUUGACUGUUUGGUUUAAGGAGUAAUAAUUGUAAAAGUACUUGAGAGCCAUUACAUAACUACAAAAAAUAGAAUUGAAUUUUAACUUCAGAAUAUGUUAUCAAUUAGCAAUGAAGAAACUAAUUAUGUUGUAAAAAGUUAACUAGAGAAAAAGAGCAUUAUUUCUGGAUAAUAAUAUCAUUAGAAAAAAAAGUUGCAUAGAGCAAUUAAAUUUUUCUAAUUACUAAAUCAUUUAUGAAUAUGUCGCUCUUUGCAGAAUUGCGUGUUUAGGGAUGUAGAGACAAUAAUAAGUCGAGGUUAAUUUGAUUAAAUCAGAAAUAUCAAAAAUUGCACAUGUUACAUGA